AUGGCUGACAAAAACGACUUAACUGAUGCGAUGGGCGCUCUGUCCGUCGACGAUACCCGCUGGAAAGAACUCGGAUUGGACGACAAUAUUCGGACACAGCUAAGAAAAAUCGAAAAUGAUUAUGAGAGCAUAUUCUCGUGGAACAUCAAACGAUUAACAGGAGCCAAUCAAAAUCUUAUGACGAAUCUCUUUGAAAAUGUUCGAGGACGGCUAGAAAUUAUCACAGUUUUGGACGGAGAGGACGAUAAGUUCAAUUUAGCUAGAUUUUAUUUACGAUUGGUAGCUUGUUAUGAACUAUACAAUAACAAAAGUUAUAAGGAAUCAUAUUUGGAAAUUGAAAGCGUUGUUAAAUUUCUGGAGACUUGUAAAUUUGAUGAGUCAAACGAACAGUACUCAGAUGCUUACCAUCAUAUUGCUCGGGCCACUUAUAAGUAUAUUGGAUUAACACUGAAAAUUGAUUCAGAAAAGCCCGAAAAGUUAUUGAAGGAUGUUAAACGAAUCAAACAUUUUAAUGAAGCAGAGAAAGGAGUGAUUUGUGCGGUUAAAGCCAACAUUUUUAUGAAGUAUCCUCAAAGAGGAAAUAAUAUUGCUUUGAAAUUUGCUGAACAAGCCUGUAUCAGUUCUACUGAACCCGAGUGGAUAAACAUUUGGUUAAAAGCCAAAGGACGAGUAAGACGUUAUUCCGAACCAUUUAAAAUGCCAGGGGAUGAUGAAAUAGAUGCUGCAAAAAUAUUAUGUUCAACAACAACUAAUCCUAAACAUUUAAUUAUAGUUUCUGAACUUUAUAAGGAAAUAGGAUUAGCUAAUAAAUCUAUGAACAGCCAUAUAGAGUCAACUAAAUUUUAUAAGCUUUCGUCUUAUAUUGUUAAAAAAUCAAUUAAAUUGGCCAACGAUGAUAUAAACCAACUAAAUUAUCUUCUACUGCAGACAUGUAUAGACUAUCCGUAUUAUUUUCCAAACUCCAUUUUAAACAAUUUCAUUACAAAACUGACAAGUAUUAAAAGCAGCUUCGUGGAUAAGACUCUAGGCUUAUAUUAUUUAAGACAUAAAAAGGAUUAUGGUAAAGCAAAACAUCAUUUAUCUCUUGGAAUGGCAGCUGAUCAUUUUUAUUGUACAUUGCAGUUUAUAAAAGUAGAGUGCCUCCUACAACCAGCCAAUACAUUUAAUUAUAUGCAGAUCCUAAAUACGAUGUAUAAUGAUUUUCUAAACCCAAAAAGAAGGCUUACUAUUUUAUUACAUAUAUUGAUGUAUUUCAAUUACUGUGAAAAAAAUCCAAAAGAAACGAUGCGCUACCUUAAAUUGUACAUUGAUCAAGACAUUGAAGAUACUAUUAAAAAGUCUCAUUUAAUUUUUUCUCGUUCAUUGUUUGAUUUAGGCAGAGUUUUAAAACCAAACGAAUUUCUGAAUGUUCUAUUUGUGAAUGUAAAAGAACUAGUGUACAAUAAUAAGUGGGAUGAAAAAGAAAAAAAUACGGUUGAAAACACAUUUUAUCGGUUCAAUAAAAUAUUACAAUUGAAUAUUCAAGACAAUAAUUUUGAUAAAACAGCUAUGAAUAAAAAUGAAUCUUGGAGAAAACAACGAGUUGAUUUGUCAGAAAAUAAGUCCAACGAAAGUCAUCAAUCUGCUUCAUAG